AUGCACACCGCCGCGAAUGGCCACAUAGAGAUCGUCAGAGAGCUGCUGGCACAGGGCGCGGAGAAGGAUGUCCGGGAAAAGUACGGCCAGACAGCCCUCAUGAUUGCGGCAGAGCAUGGCCACGCCGAUGUCGUGAAGGAGCUCCUGGCGAAGGGCGCCAACAAGGAUGCUGCGAGCCACUCCAGCUCAACAGUCCUAAUGAUGGCGGCCGGCAGAGGCCACGCUGACGUCGUGAAAGAGCUCCUGGCGAAGGGCGCCGACAAGGAGGCCCAGGACAAAGACGGCCGGACAGCCCUCAUGUGCGCGGCAUCCAACGGCCGCGCUGACGUCGUGAAGGAGCUCCUGGCGAAGGGCGCCGACAAGGAGCUGAAAGACGACUGCGGCUGCACGGCGCUGGAUUAUGCGAAACUGAUCACUUGCGGCGAAUGCGUGCGGCUUCUGAGUGGCGGCCCCGGCUUCCUCGGUCUCGUGAGCCGAUCCGUCCGCGAGGCAGUUCUCGGUACAUCUGGCAUAUCUCUCUCUGCACGAACUUUGGAUGCGAUUCUCUCCAAAGCCAUUAACAAGGUUCUGGUGAAGAGAGGGGCCAUGGUGCAGCAGCGUGCUGUUCCGAUUGUCAAAGCAGCAGCAUGCCGGCUGCUGGAACUCUACGACAAGGAGGUUCGCGCCAACGACCAUGAAGAAGCCGGGCAUGGUCUGCUGGACUGGAAGGCCACAGUGAAGCCCGCCAUGGGCGGUCGUGGACGUCUCACUGCAGGUGAGAAGCCGGCUUCCACCAGUGUCUACGUCCAGGCCCCAGCGCAUUCCGAACAGCUCUCGGCACCCUGGGAGUGGCAGUGCGUGCUCGCCAAAGCUGCAGAAGCCGCUGCUGUGACACUUGGGGCGCUGCUGACGGAUGGUCUUGGCUCGCUCACCAACCACCGGGCAGAGAGUCCGGGGCUCCGUCUGCGAGCCAGAUCCGAAAGCUCGAAGCUACUUCGUCCGGCACUUCGGGGACCGGAGUCCUGUGCAAGGGCCAAGCGUGUGCACUUUGCGGAUGCCGCGGAACCUGAGCCGGAGGUUCCGGCGCCCUCAGAACCGGUGGCCCACGCCGAGGACCACGGACGGAGCCGGAGCCCAGGACGCCGCGAUCGGAGAAGUCGGCUGCGGGAGCGGCUGCACGGCUUCGGUGAGUCCUGA